AUGAUAACAAAAUUAAAUAUUCCAUGUCAAUGGGGUGGUCAUUUAGCUGGAGUUUUACUAAAAAACCAAGGUACAAUAGCAUCAGGGAAAACAACAAAGAAAUUUAUUGGUAUUCAUGGUUGGGCGGAUAAUCUUAAUUCAUUACUACCACUAGCAGAAAAAAUGCUAGAUCGUCAUCCAGAUUAUGAAAUUUAUUUAUACGAUCAACCUGGUCAUGGAUUUUCUGAUCAUCUUCCUAAAGGUAUUGAAUAUUCAUAUGGUGAGAAUCUACGAAAUUUACGUACUGUUAUUCAAACUCUUGCUUGGAAUAAAGAAACGUUUUCCAUUGUUGGUCAUUGUCAUGGAGCACAUGUAGCAUUAGCAUAUGCAGCAGCGUAUCCAGAAGAAAUUUCAUGUCUUGUUGCUCUUGAUGCCCUUAUUGGUAGCGAAAAGUCAACAAAUUCUUUUUGGAAAACUGUUGCUUCUCGUAUUGACAAGAAUAUAGAGCACUAUAAUCAACCAUCGAAAAUACAUAAAAAGGAAUUAACAUAUGAAAACGCUAUUGAAAUAAUAAAAAGUACUAGAAAUGGUAUUGAUGACAAAUCAGCGGCAUUACUUGUCGAACGAUCAGUUCAACGAGAUAAACACAAUCAAUUAUAUUUUACACCAGAUGAAGUAUUACGAAAUUUAAUUAUUAUGCCGAUUAGUAAAAGUAUGGCUGAAGAAGCAGUUGAACAAAUUCAAGCAUCACUUCUUUACAUUGGAACAACCAAACCUCAAUGGCCUUCGCAUAGAAAUUUAUUCCAAUUACUCAAGCAGCAUAAUCCAAAUAGAAUAUCAAUGAUUAUAACAAAAUUUGAUGUUCAAUGUAUAUGGGGUGGUACUUUAGUUGGAGUUUUAUUGAAGAAUGAUGCUACAGCAACUGCAGAUUAUGGCAAAAAGACAAUAAAGAUUAUUGGUAUUCACGGAUGGCUUGAUAAUCUUAAUUCAUUAUUACCACUUGCAACACAAUUGAUUGAGCGUCAUCCAAAUUAUGAAAUCUAUUUGUAUGAUCGAGCUGGCCAUGGAUUUUCUAGUCAUAUUCCUAAAGGUUUCGAAUAUUCCGGUACACAUAAUACGCAAGACCUUCGUACUGUUAUUCUAAGUCUUGGCUGGAACAAAGAAAAGUUUGCUAUUAUUGGUCACAGUUAUGGAGCAUCACUUGGAAUAGUGUAUGCAUCAACCUAUCCAGAUGAAGUAAUUUGUGAUGUUGCUAUUGAUGCAGUACCAAGAUCAGAAUGUUCAUCAGAAAAUUAUUCUCAAAUCUAUGCUUCUCGUAUUGAUGACAGUUUAGCAUUUCAUAGUAAACCAGCUAGAACAUUUGAAGCUGAUUUAACAUUUGAUAAAGCAUUAGAGUUAACAAAAAUAACAAGAACUGGUAUAAGUGAUGAAGCUGCUCGACUAUUAACCGAACGAUUGGUUCGUCGAGAUACAAAUAAUAAAUUACAUUUUACUCGUGAUGAAGCAUUGAAAAUAUUACCGCUUAUUCCAUUUACUAAUAACAUGUUUGAAAACAUGCUCGAACGUAUGAAAGCAUCUAUUCUUUUUAUUGGAGCUACUAAACCUCAAUGGCCUACACCUCAGAAAUCAAUUGAUUUACUUAAAGAACAAAAUCCAAACUUUGAAAUGGUAUUGAUUGAUGGUCCACAUCAUCUUCAUAUGACACAUACUAAUGAAGUUCUUGUACCUAUUGAAAAACAUUUUAACAAAUACUUAAAAUAA